UAGUAAACCUUGAAAUGGUGUCGAGCUCAGGGGGCAGCACACGUCGCAUUCGCAACCAAUCAUACGCGGAUAGCAUAUUGUGAUAUCGUCACCAGGAACAUCCGCUGUCGCAUUUUUUUAAUCAAAUGCCCGAUUACUCUCAGCGGGAACGCAGGAGCCGAAGGACCGUGUGGUUCGUGCGAGAGUGGCGCCCAGCGACCUGUCAGGGUGGAUGGAAACAUACUUUCAUUGGCACAGCAAGGCUCCCUGGUUCACCACUUCUGUUUGGGCCAUCUCGUCAUUCCUUUGGCCAUGACGUGCUGAUUUACACAGAGCUGGCCAAACAGAGCACGUCCAAAGAACUGAGCUUUCUUCCUAUACUGGCAUGGAAGGAAAAGCUGACGAGCAGAAACGACGGGAUCGUGAACUUCUAUCCUGCUGCGCAGCCGCACUUCCGGAUUUCAUAGAUGAAGUUGUGUUAUCACGGCGCAAUGCGCUAUUGCCCAAUUUGUUUGAGGCAUUGAAAGCUCAGUGUUUCUCUGCGAUGGCUGCGUCCAGUGCUUCAACAGCAGUUACAUCUCUCACCGAAGUAACGCCAAGUACGUUGCAAUCGGAGCCCACCGAACGGCCAUCUGAAGGACAGUUAGCACGACAAGAACAAAGUACAGUGCCUCCAGGCUGGGGAUUCGUGCCAACUACGCAAUCGGAUCAUCACAAGGCCAACCCGAAUAGGUUAAUUUGGACGAACUAUCAUCAGCAUUCAUGCUCUUCUCCUCCAACAUCUCACGAGGAGUUCUGCGAAGCUUGGUACGGUUUGAUUCUGAGCAUCCAAACUUGGAAACGGGGGCUUUUUUUCAUACCUUCCUACGGGGCUUCCGAGUGGGCAGACGGCAAUGGUUGGAGUCGAGCGCAGCGCCUACUUCGAUGGCAGCGUCGCGAAAGGUAUGCCUCUCGCUUACCGACCCAGCCGAAUCACGAAUUGUACGGAAUACGCCGAGCAGUAUAUCCCGACCGGUUAUGUCGACUAGUGCGAAUGUCCUCCAGUGGAACUACCUUGACUGAAAACCAUCAUGCGGACAAAGGAAUACAACGGCCAGCGUCAGACAUUGAAUCAAGAUUGCAUAACGAGCGUCUCAGUGAUAGCAAGUUGUUGCUGGGAGUGCCCGAAGCAACCACAUGUCAGAUGCUGGAGAUCAUAGACGAGCUGCUGGAUAAGACGUGGGACGCAAUAGAAUGGCCACCUGAACUUAGGCGCCAGUUCAUUAAGAUGACAUUGGAAGCUUCUGUCAUGCCAGAACAGCUGGUCGGCGUGUCAAAGUCAAAACAAGAAAUCAAGCCAUUCGAAUCCGAGUCGUCGCUUCAGCUCACAGAAAAUGGAGGUCAAAAAUGCGCAGCGCGGUGUCCGAGCCCAAAGCCUCUCAGUGACUACAAGCCCACUUCAAAAACAUUCUCCAGGAAAGAGCUGAACUGUGAAUUACAUAGCGAACAUGACUUCUGCCUUACCAGCACACCUUCGUUAAUAAAGGAAAGAAAUUCACAGGAACAAGCAAGUGCAGGAAAAUCUGCAUGUAACAGAACUUGGUUAUCACCACCUAGGGUAACGGAGGCAGAUAACCAUGCUCUUCAUCGCUCCUUGCGAAUCGGCGAACAAAAUGUGUAUUACGCAAAUCCAGCGAAGAGAGAAGUAACGAAUUCCCACCAAAAAGUUGAAGAUAAUGACCUCCGUCGUGGAAGCAUACCAUUGACAUCUGUAAAAUGUUGUUCGCCAGUCACUGAGUUAAGAGAAUGUGCGGAAACUUCAGGAAUCGUAGAAAGAUCGAAGCCGGAUGUGAGCAUCGCAGCGUACAAUAAUGAAUUCUUCCAGUACAGGGCACCAUCCAAAGCCAUGGUCGUGAACGAAAACGCUGAGGCGGCUAUUGCGGGAAACACGAAACUGAAGCUUCGUGCCACCGUCACCGAAAGAAAACCACGAAGACACCUCCGUCAAGUGCACCUAUCUGGGGGGAAAGACCGUGCAAUCUCCAGGAAAGAAGGUAUCGGACAACAAACAAGCUGCGUCACAGGAACAGUGUUUGCCGAUUGAAGAGUCAUCAGCACAAAAUUAUUUAACGCUAUCUGUGAGAGAAAAGGCAUCAAAAAACAAUGGAGAACUUUCAAGAGAAGGAAGUGCACUAAAUGAGGAGUCAUCAGCACAGAUUGAUCUAUCGAAAUCUAUAGAGAGUUCUAUGGAAAUGAAAGCAUCCGGAAACAAAACAGCAGCAGCAACUAAGAAAGAGCCUACACCAAAUGAGAUGUCAGCCCGAACAAACUCACCAUAUGUCGCACAGGUGGCAUUCGAGAAUGAAAACGACUCAGAAAUAGGGAAUACAUCAAAUUACUCUAUCGCAGCUGGUUCCACAAAUGCACGGAUGACCUUGGCGGUUGCCACGACGGCGUGGGGACAGUUAUUCCCAGUACAUCUUUCGGAACUGAGCCAAGUGUUGUGCAACGACGGCACUGAGCUGAUACAAAGGUCGCAUGCUGCAGGAUGUCUGGACGUCGGAAGACGGCAGAAUGUUAUGCGAAUGAAUAAAAAAUCUAUUGGCGACGAUGCGACGAGGUCCGAACGCGUAGUGAUGAAAUAUAUGCACUGGACGGAACUGAUCGUUUCGAGAAUAAAACCCGAACGUCAAGAGAAUGACUGGUUAUCUAAUUUCGUCGUAACCAAACGGUGGCCAUAUUCAACCUCACCGCCUGAUCACCAAGAACCCGGUGAAGCGCAAGUAUAUCAUAAAGAAUGGGAAAGAAAACAAGGGACUGAGAAAAGUACUGUUGUUGGGACUCUGCCAGUUCAUGUCCGUGACAUUCUGGCUGCUACCCGAAAACUCCCGACAGCACCAGAAAAGUGUCGAGGCAAUAGCCAGGACACCUGCCAAGACGCAUGGGAAAGGGAAGGUUGGGUCGUUUUCGGGAACGACACAGAGGAAGAAAAUUUUGGGAAAUCUUGUAAGCACCAGGAAGCCAACAACUGGGAGUGGGGAAUAGGCAGACAGGAGUCGGAACCUCGGGUGAGUCCUACGCUAUUCCCAUCAAGCAGCGGCAGCACAUCUUGGGAACUUGAUGGUCAGCGUCGUUCUGUUUACCAGGCUCAAGCCUCCAAUUCUUCAAGGGAUGUUGAUCUAUGGAAACCUGACCAUCGCAGCAGUCCACCUUGGGCGCCAUAUUCGGAGAGAUGCGUCACUGCUAGCAAGUCUUACUGUAGGCAAGACCACUUCAGCCAGCCUUGCACUAAUGGCACAUCAUGGGAAACUGAACUCUCCCAGCAAGCAUCUCUGCAAUGUCAGUCCCCGUUCUCUUAUUCAGACUGGCGUUCGUUCUUUGGGCUUGAGAUACGCUCGUCAAAUGAUUCAAGUGAGCCCGCAGUCAAAUACAGA